AUGCAAGACUCGAUACAGCUCAAAAAGGAAGGGAAAAAUGUAGAAAACGAAAGUCACGGGUACACACUAAGUGGUCACUCCCGGGAAGCUCUCAAGGAUACUACUGAAUUUACUGACAACUACUCUUGCCACAAAUGGGGACACGUCAAAAAUCAACUUCAAUGGUCUGAUAAUCUCGCCGAAGUUCCAGAUGAAAAGAUAAGUAACAUCAUUGAUAAUUCAAAGAUCGUGUUUGGCUUGCUGGCAAUUUUGAAAACUGUAGCUGGCCACUACAAGUAUGCGACUAUCGAAGACUUUAGAGAACCUAAGCUUUAUUUUUGCAGCCAAGCGGAGAAUAAUAUCUUUCUGGGAAAAGAUCUUGGGUAA